UGUGAAAAAAUAAUCAUUUCAAGAUGCCAAUAUAGCACAAUUUACCAAAAUAAUGGUAAAUACAUUGAAAUUGAAAAAUCACAAAAUAAGAUGUUGAAUGGAGAACAAAAAUAUUAUCCAUGAAUUUCUUCUGCAAAACUGUCAUUAAUAAAUCAACGGUUGUUCAUUUUGGCUAAGAUUUCACGAAGAUUUCAAUGACAAGAAUCAAUCAAUAGAGCUUUUUGUUGUACAAGCAAAAUGGAUCGCAAUCGCUCAGGAUUUUUUGCUAUUAAAAAGUGAACACGUUAUGUUUCUAAUGAAUAAAUCAUCAGUUGUGUUAAAAUGAUGUGCUUCCUUUUAAGUAUCUUUCUUUCAAUUUAAAGCCUUGUUGUCGCAAUCAAGUAUAACUCAUUGAAUCAAAUACUAAUGUAAAAUAAUUGAGAAGCCAAUUGAACCAAAUAUAUUUUCAGCUUUUGCAGCUGCAAUUAUAACAGAAGCAGAGAAAGUCGAAAAAGGGAUUGGGAAAAAAAUAUUGACACCGCACGAGUUUUUAAUAAUGAAAAAACUUUACAAUUAAUUCAUUAUGGUGAUGAUGGAACUUUUUUUGGUUUGGUCUAUCCACCAAAAGGAGAUGAAUUAAAAAUAAAAAAAAAGGAAAAAGAAAACAGAGAAUGCGUUACUAAUCAUCCCUUUGUGUCAAUCUCAGCAUACUCUGAAACAAAAUGAUUCAAACAAUUGUUACAAUCCAACAAGCAAUGCUUGUUUUUCAACAAUUAAUAUUCGCCGUACUUGUUCCGGCUUUUUUAUAUUUUAUUUUUUCUUAUUUGCAACAUUUAUGGAUUUGUAGUAAGUACCCAAAGGGUCUGUUUCCAUUACCGUUGUUAGGAAACAUUCAUCAAUUAGGUAAAAACUCUUCUCAAACAUUUUCAUCUUUAACAAAAAUUUAUGGAGAUAUAUUUAGUGUGAGUAUUGGUACCCAGCGACUCGUUAUACUCAAUAGUAUGGAAAGCAUACAUGAAGCUUUGUUAACCAAAGGCUCAACUUUUGGUGGUAGACCAACUGAGUUUACGUCAAAUGUUUUUACAAAAGGAUAUAAAAACUUAUCGCACACUGACUAUGGACCGAAUUUAAAAGCGUUGCGAAAAGUUAUUCAUCUUUCCGUUCAAAAAUAUGCUGGCGGACUAACGAGACAAGAACAAAUGAUAACUUUUGAAAGAGACGAACUUUGUAAAAAACUUUUUAAUACUGAAAAGGAAAUAGCUUUACGUUGUGAAAUUGAUUUUUGCACUGUAAAUGUAAUGUCGGGGUAUUUAUUCAAUGAACGCUUUCUGAACCAAAAUUCCGAGUUUAAAGAUGUCGUAAAAAGUAUUCAACUUUUGCUAGAUAACUCUGGAAUUACAGAUAAAACCACGUUCAUACAUUGGCUUCGUUACUUGCCAUUGCGGGAAUGGAAUGAAAUAAAACAAGCGAGACUUGUCUUAAACCCGUGGGUCGAAAAAAAGGUUGAAGAUCAUUGGAGAAAGUAUAAUGAAAAUGAAAUCAUUAAUGUAACUGAUAGCAUGAUUCAACAUUUUUUAACAAAGUACGAUGGUUUAGACACUGAUUUUGCAAAGAAAUACAUUACCUUAUUAUUGAUCGAAUUACUUGUUGCCGGUACCGAAACGACAGCUAUUACUAUUUGCUGGAUGGUUUUAUAUCUAAUACAUAACCCUGAGUAUCAAGAAGAAAUUUAUAAAGAAAUUACAUUAAAUAUUGGUUGUAGAUAUCCAACACUAGCCGAAAAAAAUCUUUUCCCUUUAUUACAAGCAUUUAUUCAAGAAACUUUGCGAAUAACAUCUGUUGUGCCACUAAACUUGGCUCACAAAGCAUUAAAAGAUACCAGCAUUUGUGGAAAAAUUAUUCCUAAAGACGCUAUAGUAAUUACAAAUUUAUGGAAUCUUCAUCACGACAACAGAUACUUUAAAAAUCCUAAUGAAUUUGAUCCUAAACGCUGGAUAAACGAAAAUGGUCUAUUUGACUCAAUUUCUCAAAAAUAUUUUAAACCUUUUUCGGCUGGAGCGAGAGUAUGUCUUGGCGAGACAUUAGCCAAAAAUCAACUUUUUUUAAUCAUCUCCGGUCUAAUUAUGAAUUUUAUUUUCACAUCUGCACCAGGAAAAGACUUACCUAGUCUUGAAGGACAAUUUGGAAUCACAUUCCGUCCCAAUAGUUUUAAGGUUUUAUUAAAAAAAAGACAGCCUGAGAUACAAAAAAUAUAAAUCUCAGAGUGUAUUGAAUGCAUUUACAUAUUUGUAUAGAGUGUAUUUACAUAUUUAUUCAACUAUUUACCAAAUUUAUAACAUUAUUUAACUAAUUAUUAUUGAUAAUAGUAUAGCUUAAUUUUGCUUAG